AAAGAGCGUCUCGCCGGAAAAAGAAACAGAAAAAAGGAAAGAGAAAGAAAAAAAUAGAAGCGUUAACGAAGCAGGUCUGUCAAAACAUAAACACUGCAGCACGACCACAAACGUGACCGUAAACUGCGGGUUUUAUUUUUUUGGAUGGCCAGUGAGGGAUCAGACGACACGUCUCACAAAUGCCCUGCGCUCGAGGUCGCGCUCGAGACUGAAGAGUAAAUCUGCGCAGAGAUUAACAAGUGCGGACACUUUGGGCCUGUAGCAGAGGGUCUCAGAGACAGUCAGAAUGAGUGAUACAGAAGGACAAUCAAGCAUCCCAAAUGACUGGCUCGCUUCUUUACCAGGUGCUGAUGAGACGGAGCCUGGAGAGGGAGAUGCAUCUGCAGCGAGGGACGCCCAGUCUGCUCCUGAGUCCGUCAAUUUAAGUUCGGCCCCCGAGGGAAGCGAGGGCGCUCAAGACCGGCCAAUGGCUGACUCCUCGCAGAAGCAGGGGCCGGGUGAAGAAGAGGACACGGACAGCAUGGAUGGCAGUGGACUGUACUCCCUCACAGAAGACGGAGAGCGAGAGAGUGAAGGAGGAGGGCAGACAGAGCGGGGGAAAGACGAAGGCAGAAGAUCUGCCAGGAAGAGGAACCGCCCCAGCGGGGGAGCCACGCGCCUCUCUUCUAGUUCAGAUGAUGACGAUGAAGAUGAAGAAGAGGACGAGGAGGACAACGUUGAAGAAGAUGAGGAAGCCAUGGAGGCUUGGCUGGGAUCUGACCUGCGUGACCUGACUCGCCCUUCCUGGUGUGCCGUCCCCUCGCUGCGUGCUCGAGAGAUCGGCCACAGCUCGCUGCAGUUUGUGAGGAAGGUGUGCGGCGCGCGGGGUCUGGUGCAGAGGCUGGAACUGCAGGGUCGUCUGGAGAGACACACGGGCUGCGUGAACACCCUCCACUUUAACCCUUCCGGCACUCGCCUGGCAUCCGGCAGUGACGAUCUCCGCGUGGUCAUCUGGGACUGGGCUCGCAAAAGGGCCGAGCUUGAGUUUGACAGCGGUCAUAAGAGCAACGUCUUUCAGGCAAAGUUUCUUCCACACAGCGGUGACUCCACGCUGGCCAUGUGUGCCAGAGACGGACAGAUCAGAGUGGCUGAGCUUUCUGCCACACAGUGCUGCAAGAACACCAAAAGAGUGGCUCAACACAAAGGUGCAGCCCAUAAGGUAAAAUAAUCCCAAAACAUCACAGAA